AUGUUGUAUUAUGAUGUUGUGUUUGUUGUGUGUUUUAGGGGGAUCAAACGUUUUUACAAACGCUUUCACCUUGAACACUCAAUGUAUCUCAUAGAUGACUGUCUACAAGUAAAUUGCACUGUUGGGGUUUUGCCUACCACCCGAGAUAAUUCCAUGACUAUAGAAGUUCCCGAAUCUACCAUUUCAACAAGUUUUGGGAUGCUGUUUGAAGAUGAGCAAUCAUCUGAUGUUACGUUUUGUGUCGGAGGAAACAAGUUUUAUGCGCAUAAGAUUGUAUUGGCGGCUCGGUCAAGUGUGUUUAAAUCUCAGUUUUUCUGUGGAACUGACAAGGUUGAUAGAGAGAUACUUGUCAAUGAGAUGGAGCCUAAGGUUUUCAAGGCAUUACUGCACUUUAUUUAUAAAGAUACUCUUAUAGAAGAUGAAGAACUCCAUUUGUCAAUGUCUUCAUCCAUGGCUUCUAUCUCAGAAUGGUAUGUAUCGAAGUUGCUGGCUGCUGCACACAAGUACGAUUUACCAAGGCUAAAGUUGAUGUGUGAAUCUGUACUUUGCAAACAUAUAUCUAUAGAUUCUGUUGCUCAUAUUCUGGUUAUUUCUGAUUGUUAUGAUGCCACUGAAUUGAAGUUCAUAUGUCUGCAAUUUUCAGCAGAAAACCUUAAUGCUGUGCUGAAAUCUGAUGGUUUCAAGCAUCUUAAGGAAAAGUGUCCACUUCUUCCAUUUGAACUGCUAGAGACUGUGGCAGCAGGAAUUGGGUGUGUCAGUGUUGACAGUGAUGCAACCACACCUGAGCCAAAUGAAAUAGAAGCUGAGAGCACAAGUUAUUAUCCUUCCAGCGAUGAGGAAAACCAUCUGGGUUGGUAG